UAUGCAAUACUUUUUAGUUUUACUUUUCAAAUAGUAUUAUUUUAUUUUAUUUUUUUAUUUAAUAACACCAUAAUUUCUCUCCCGAUAAUGAUUUUCAUGGCGUAUAUAACUGCAAAUCUAUCCACAGAUUAGGGUUUUCCGUUCCCUUCAAUCUAUCUUCUUCUUCAAUUUCCAAACCCUCAUUCACAAUUUCUGUGAAGAUAUUGCCCUAAAAGUUCUUGAUCUCGAUCUUGUUCUUGAUUAAAUCUUGAACGGAUUAAUAGUUAUGGAUUUGGAGAGUGAAUGUUCUGCGGUUGAAUCUUUGGAGGAUAAUGAAUCCACUCAAAACACUGUGCCUCAUGUUGAUGCUAAUAAGAUCAAGGAUAAUCACGUUGAUGAUUGCAAGAGUAAGGAUAAUGGGCUAUGCGGGAAUGAUGAUCAGACACAGAGUUUGUCCACUGAUCGUGGCGUUGUUUCUGAUGAUUUCGCAGUGGAUAGUCAUGCGAAUGGUCCUGUUGGGACUGUACGGUCGAUGCAUUCACCUACUGUACCAGUUGAAUCUCGUGCUGCGUCGUCUCCUCCUACCACCAAAGGCUAUGGAUUGAAGAAAUGGAGGCGUAUCAGAAGGGAUUUUGUUAAGGAUCCGACCGCCACUGUGGAUGGUUGUAAAAUAUUGAAGCGAGGUUUGUCCGGUUCUGCAAAUCCAACUGAACCUCAACAGAAUGCAUCAGCUGAAAUCAAGCAGAAUAAUAAGCCUCAUAUUGGGCCUCUGAAUAUAUUGAAGAACACAAAUGUUGCCAUUGGGUUCAUGAAUCAUAGCCCCAGUUCAGAUUCCAGGUUUGCAGUUGGGGUGCCUUCUGCUGCUACUACUGACUCUGAAAAUAGCGAGGAUCGAAGUAGCAAGUCUUCUACGGCAGCCAGUAUGCCAAAGGCGAGAUAUGACCUGCCUACUGUUUUGGGGUACGUGCAUGGGAAAAACCGUAUGAAGAAUUUAAGUGGAAAAUUUGUGGGUAAUUCAAGUAAAAAAGCUCAACAGGGAAAGGGUUAUGUUGAAAGCAGUAAGAAGCCGAGAGGAGAAAGGAUCAAAAUCGAGAAGGAAAACUCUCAAUCCAGUGUUGAAUCUGACUCAAGAAACUCCAACUUUGGCUUUGUGUUGAGUCCAGUUUCAGUGACAAGCAACGGAAAGCAAAGUGGAAGUUCCAUGAAUCAUGAUAGGAGAAAUGGUGAUGAAGCUCAUGAAGGUGAAGGCCAGAGCAAUGAGGAAGUACAGACUACUCAUAGGAAAGAAAGUUCCUGUGAAAUUGAAGAACUUUCACUUGAUGAUUUGGCUGCGAACUUGUCUUGGGAGGCUAAGGAAGAAAAAAGUGAGAGUCGCCAACCUUCACCAGAUCAGGACCCAUUGGUCAACUCUAUUCUUUCUCUCCGUUCUGUCCAAAAAGCCCUUGAAAGUGAAUUAUAUAAAUUCGGGGAGAUUGGAAAGGAAAAUGCAUCUCAAGAUGAUGAUUUGGUUAGCAUGAAAAAUGAUCAUGUGGAUUCUACUUUUGCUGAUCAGGAAACUAGCCCAUCUGACCGAUUAGCUUCUGAAAAGAUGAGUGGAAGUACUUUGGGUUCCUUGGAAACUCAGUUAUUCACCUUAACACACAAAGUAAAAUAUUUGGAGAGCAAACUAGACGAAGCAAGGGCUGUACUGCAGGCAAGGGAUUCAAAGAUUUCUGAACUGGAAACCAGUGUAAAUGGUAGCAGGUCAAGGAAGGAAGAACCAGGAAGCACGGCAGGGUUGUGGCAAGAAAAAUACAGAGAAAUGGAAUUCGACCUUGAGGGCCUCUUUCAACAGAGAAUGGAGGCUGAAAUCGAGUUUCUAACCCUAACCAGUGCAGUACAAAAAUUGAAAGUUUCUGUAGGCAAUCAUCAACUCAAAGUAUCUGAAGAUCAAAUUCCAUUCGCCAGGGAGCAAGCCUGGAUGUCAAAUAAGCUGGGAGAGGCAGAAAAUACAGCUGCUGCAACACCAAUGAUACAAGCAAGGGAGUUGGAGAAGUCUUAUGGAGACGCCUUAGGUACCAACAACGUUUUGAUGAUGCAGAGGAGAGUGUUUAAGGUAACAUUAUGUUUUUUCACGCAGUUGGUAUUACUCAUUUUAGUGUUCGUGUGGGUUGUCUUGCAGUUGUCAUCCCAUUCAGGGAUGGUUGUUCCCACCUGAGGUUUUUAUUUUUGGUGGUAUGAUCCAAAUGUAAGAUUUCAUUGUUAGUAUAAUUAGAGCCAUUUUUUCUUUUCCCUUUUCCCCACUUUUGUUUUUGUUAAUACCACAACUUCCUUAAAAGUGGAAACCCUUUUUACAGGAUUCACUUGAGUUGAGCUUUUCACUAUAGAUUUUUAUAUUAGUAGUAUAAGAAGGUUGUUUAUGUGUGGAGUAUAAUGCUAGGUUUUUAAUAUGUAAUUUAUUGGUAAAAUCCCUAAGGUAGUCAAUUCCCUACUGGUUCCGGUCAUAUCGGCUGGUACAUACUAGUGGAAAACUGUACACUGAAACAUUUCGGUGCUGGUUUGUGCCAUAAUAAAAAACGGUACUUUCACCGGUGUGAUCUGAUUACUUUGAAAGAUGAAA